AUGGAUGGGGACCUCAGUCUUUCCCAGUCUCUGGGAGGCCUACGCAUCGCCAACCCCGAUAAUGCUUCGAUACAUUCGUCUGAAGAUGCAUCAACGCCCGCUGCAGGCGCUGCUUCAGUAGCGGAUUCCGACUUGGUACGCGAUCCCGCAACCUCCGAGCAUCCAGGAAAUGCCUCCUCUACCCAUCUUCCUCGACCGCCCGCACCUCCCUCGAGCUCCGAAGUCCAAGAAGCCCUCGCCUCUGUACCGGUCGAGUCCUUGAGGACCUCCGAGAGCCGGAGUUCGAUUUACAGCCCAUACUCAGACCCUCCACAACAGCCAUCCACGCAACCCUCUCAAGCGACCCCUCAAUACUCUCCGUAUGUAUCCCAGCAGCAACCAAACCCUGGUCCGCAGUCCUCCCGCCCUCUCUCUCAAUUCUACGCGAAUGGGUCAACCUCUACACUGGCAGUUCGAGAAGGCUCCUAUCGGAUCCGUACCGAUUCCGCCGCGUCGUCCGCCUCUGAAAGUCUAGCCCGCGCGGAGUCUCGCGGAGGCUCCGCAGCCUACCAAGCAGGAGUCCCCGUCCGCGAUAAUAAUCACAAUGACCGAGCAUAUCGGACGGCACAACUGCCUCCUGGGAAUGGGCCGAUGGUGAUGCGUCAGUCCUCUCGCGCUCACAGAGGGGGGGGCCCGUCGACGGGCUCCCCGUAUGCUAUGGAAAAUGGCCCGAGCUCGAGUAGUGAGGACUGGCAAGAUCGGGGUGCAGCCGUUGCUGUACGGCAGGAGAUCGACGCGAACGGUAAGCCGGUCGCGCGAUACAUCAAAAAGGGGGUCCGCGACUUUUCGUUCGCGCAUACGCUCGGAGAGGGCUCGUACAGUACCGUCGUACUAGGUACGGACCGGCAGACACUCAAAGAAUAUGCGAUCAAGAUCCUGGACAAGCGGCACAUCAUCAAGGAGAAGAAGGUCAAGUAUGUCAACAUCGAGAAGGACACCCUCAAUCGGCUAACAGAGCACCCUGGCAUUGUUCGGCUGUAUUACACAUUCCAGGACGAACGGUCUUUAUACUUCGUGUUGGAUCUUUGCAAGGGAGGCGAGCUGCUUGGGGUGUUGAAGCGUAUGACCACCUUUGACGAGGAGUGCACAAGAUUCUACGGCGCCCAGAUUCUAGACAGCAUCGACUAUAUGCACAAACGUGGCGUGAUCCACCGAGACUUAAAACCAGAGAACGUUCUGCUCGACGGGCAGAUGCACAUUAAGAUCACCGAUUUCGGGACGGCCAAAAUCCUCAAGACCCAGCGGAAACCGGGCCCGACCUCCAGCGGGAUGCCGCCGCUCGAUGCGACCGAGAUCCCCGAGGACGAACGCGCUAGCUCUUUUGUUGGCACCGCCGAGUAUGUCAGUCCGGAGCUUCUGACAGACAAGAAUGCCUGCAAGGCAAGUGACCUGUGGGCCUUUGGCUGCAUCAUCUUCCAGCUUUUAGCCGGCCGACCGCCUUUCAAGGCCGGGAACGAAUACCAAACCUUCCAGAAGAUCGUCGCGCUCGAUUACGAGUUUCCUCCGGGCUUCCCUGCCGUGGCGCGCGAUCUAGUCGAACGACUACUGGUCUUGGACCCGGCGCGCCGUUUGCCCAUUGAACACAUCAAGAACCACGAAUUCUUCCAGGGGAUCACCUGGGGCCCAGAUUUGUGGAAGCGAAAAGCGCCUCGCCUCAAGGCAUAUGUUCCGCCCCCGCGCGAGCCCAUCAAGCUCAACAACGGCGGCAACGGCGAGAAAUAUCCCGCCAGCAUCAACGCCGCCUCCGUCAGCAACAACGCUAGUCAGAGGGUCGUUCCGCGAUUAGUGACCGAACUCCCACCGCCGAGUCAGCUUGAUAUCGAAUGGUCGCCCGUGCUAACCAAGACAAAUGAACGGAUCCUCAAACUCGGCAACUUGGUCGUUUUGUCUUCGCCCGCCGCUCACAGUCCGGUCUCCAAGAAUGGAGGCGAAUACGAAGCGCCUCGCAAGUUUUCGCGGUUCUUCGGUGGUAGCACAACGAAAAAGCGGCAGCGCUUGGUCAUGGUGACGUCGUCCGGCCGGAUCAUCAUGGCAGCGUCCGGCGGCGAUGAAAAGAAGGCGAAGCUGGAACUGUCACUCCUUACUCCAGGCACGACAUAUCGGACAUCAACAGACGCGAAGGGUGUCUCUUGUUGGGUAGUGGAUACGCGUGACAAACACUACGUGUUCGAGGAUCCCAAACCAUCAUCGGGUAGUGUAGGAACGACCGCCAUAUCCUCUCAGGAAUGGUUGGAUACUCUGGACCGAGCCAAGGAGAUGGCUCUGUCACAAUCGGGCAAUGGCUCUUAUUCUGAUGAUGCCUUCCGUGAUCUGUCAUCCGGGUUGUCUAGUCAUGCGAACACGCUGGACCGGAGCUCAGAGCUUCAGCAAGAAAGCGUACCCACGGGACGUGCCACCUUGGUCAAACAACAGCCGACUGACACGGACUCGAUCAAAGGGAAGAAGCGAUUUAGCCGACGUCAUUCGAAGAAUGGUCUUGCGGCGGUCUUCUAG